GCCCGGUCCCCGCGCCCCGGGCGCCGCCCCUGCCCGCGGCUGCGCUCGGAAGGCGAGGUGCGGAGCGAGGCGCGGCCGGAGCGAGAGCGCGCCGAGCAGGCCGCCCAGCCCGCCGCCCGAGCGCCGGCUCGAGGAGGGGGCGCCGAGGCCCACCCUCUUUCCUGCCUGGCUGCUGGCCGGCCGGGCCGCCGCGCCCCGACCCCCAUGGCCGCCCGGGUCUCCGGGCAGAGAAGUCGCAGCGCCAGACCCCGGGCCCCCGAGUGAGCGCGCGCUGAGGAUCUCAUCCGGCCGCCGCGUUCUGGAAGAAACGAGGAGAGAGCGCGCGCGAGCUGAGGAGGAGGAGAGGCGGCGCGGGGAAGGGAGGCGGCGAGACGCGCAGCGCCGGCGCCCGGGAGACCCAGGAGGAACCCGCAGAUAACCAGCCCGAGUCAUGCAGUCUUUUCGAGAAAGGUGUGGUUUCCAUGGCAAACAGCAGACCUACCAGCAGACCUCACAGGAGACAUCUCGCCUGGAGAAUUACCGGCAGCCGAGUCAGGCUGGGCUGAGCUGCGACCGGCAGCGUCUGCUGACCAAGGACUAUUACGGCCCGCAGCCCUUCCCCAGCUACGAGGGCGGCGCUGGCACGCCCGCCACGGCGCGCGCCAGCAAAGGCCUGUCCUCUCCGCAGGCCCCGCAGGGGAGGCCGUCCUUCGCGGGCUACGCCGUCCAGGACGGCAGCCCCUACCCCGGCCGCUACUCGGGGGAGGAGGGCCUGCAGGCCUGGGGGGCACCGCAGCCACCACCCCCGCAGCCGCAGCCCCUGCCAGGGGCGGUGGGCAAAUAUGACGAGAACCUGAUGAAAAAGACAGCAGCGCCCCCCGCCCGGCAGUACCCAGAGCAGGGUGCCCAGCUGCCCUUUCGGACUCACACCCUCCACGUCCAGCAGCAGCUGCCGCAGCCCCUGCAGCCCCUGGCGUACCCCAAGCUCCAAAGGCAGAAGCCCCAGAACGACCUCGCCUCGCCCCUGCCCUUCCCCCCGGGCAGCCACUUCCCCCAGCACUCCCAGUCCUUCCCCGUCUCCUCCACCUAUUCCUCCCCCGGCCAGGGCGGCGGGCAGGGGGCCCACUCCUACAAGAGCUGCACGGCCCCGUCCACCCAGCCCCACGACAGGCCGCUGACCGCCAACGCCGGCCUGGCCCCGGGCCAACGGGUCCCAAGCCUUCACGCCUACCAGCCUGGGCGCCUCAGCUACGAGCCACAGAAGCAGCAGCAGCAAGCCCUCCAGAGCCGCCACCACGCCCAGGAAACCCUCCACUACCAAAACCUCACCAAGUACCAACACUACGGGCAGCAAGGCCCGGGCUACUGCCAACCGGACGCGGCCGUCAGGACCCCGGAGCAGUACUACCAGACCUUCAGCCCCGGCUCCAGCCACUCGCCCGCUCGCUCGGUGGGCCGCUCCCCUUCCUACAGCUCCACCCCGUCGCCGCUGAUGCCCAACCUGGAGAACUUUCCCUACAACCAGCAGCCGCUCGGCCCUGGAGCCUUCCCCGCCGGUCUCGCGGACCACAGCCACUUCAUGCCCCUGCUCAACCCCUCCCCGACGGACGCCGCCGGCUCCGUGGACGCCCAGGCCGCCAACUGCAAGGCCCUGCAGAAGGACAAGCUUCCUGAGAGCCUGCUGUCGGACCUCAGCCUGCACAGCCUCACGGCGCUGACCUCGCAGGUGGAGAACAUCUCCAACACCGUGCAGCAGCUGCUGCUCUCCAAGGCGGCCGUGCCCCAGAAGAAGGGCGUCAAGAGCCUGGCGGCCCGGACCCCGGAGCAGCACAAAAGCCAACACUGCAGCCCCGAGGGCAGCGGCUACUCAGCCGAGCCGGCAGGCACGCCGCUGUCGGAGCCGCUGAGCAGCACCCCCCAGUCCACGCACGCCGAGCCGCCCGAGGCCGACUACCUGAGCGGCUCCGAGGACCCGCUGGAGCGCAGCUUCCUCUACUGCAGCCAGGCCCGCGGCAGCCCCGCCAGGGUCCACGGCAGCUCCAAGGCCAAGCCCGAGUCCGUGUCCACCUGCUCCGUGACGUCCCCCGACGACAUGUCUACCAAGUCCGACGACUCCUUCCAGAGCCUGCACGGCGGCCUGCCGCUCGACAGCUUCUCCAGGCUCGUGGCCGGCGAGCGCAACUGCCCGCGCCUGUUGCUCAGCGCCCUGGCGCAGGAGGACCUGGCCUCCGAGAUCCUGGGGCUGCAGGAGGCCAUCAGCGAGAAGGCCGACAAGGUCUGGGCCGAGGCGCCCGGCCCGGCCAAGGACACCAGCAAGCCACCCUUCUCGCUGGAGAACCACAGCGCCUGCUUGGACCCCAUGGCCAAGGGCGCGUGGCCGCGGCCGGGGGAGCAGGAGGCCCUGCCCGAGGCCCUGCAGCUGGAAAAGGGUGGCGGCACCAAGGACUUCGGCCCGGGGCUGUUCGAAGAUCCCUCUGUGGGCUUCGCCACCCCUGACCCCAAGAAGACAACUGGUCCCCUCUCCUUUGGUGCCAAGCCCACCCCGGGGGCCGCCGCCUCGGACCCCGCCGCGGCGCCUUUCGACUGCUUCCCAGACGCGACCACCGCCAGCUCGGCGGACGGCGCCAACCCCUUCGCCUGGCCCGAGGAGAACCUGGGGGACGCCUGUCCCCGGUGGGGGCUGCACCCCAGCGAGCUCACCAAGGGUCUGGAGCAGGGCGGGAAAGCCGCCGACACUGUCGGCCAGGAGGACGCCCGCGAGGCUUCCGCCUGCCUGGGCUUCCAGGAGGAGCAGCCCUCGGGGGAGAAGGCCGUGGUGCCCCGGGACUCCCAGCAGGAGGAGGGGGGCGGGGUGAAAGAGGAGGCGGGCGGGCUGCUGCAGUGUCCCGAGGUGGGCAAGGCCGACCAGUGGCUGGAGGACAGCCGGCACUGCUGCUCCGCCGCCGACUUCGGGGACCUCCCGCUGCUGCCGCCCGCCGGCAGGAAGGAGGACUUGGAGGCGGAGGAGUACUCGUCUCUGUGCGAGCUCCUGGGCAGCCCCGAGCAGAGGCCGGGCGUGCAGGACCCACUGUCGCCCAAGGCCCCGCUGCUGUGUGGCAAGGAGGAGGUGGAGGCCGUGCUGGACCCCAAGGCCGGCUGGGGCUCCCCGUGCGCCCUCUCUGGCGAGGCCGUCAUCCUGCUGGGCCCCACCGUGGGCACCGAGUCCAAGGUCCAGAGCUGGUUCGAGUCCUCCCUCUCCCACAUGAAGCCAGGGGAGGAGGGGCCCGAGGGGGCGCUGGCUCCGGGGGAUCCCACCGCCCUGGCCCCGGAAGCCUCCCUGACCCAGAAGCCGAACAAGCCCGCUGUGCCCGAGGCGCCCAUCGCCAAGAAGGAGCCUGUGCCUCGCGGCAAAAGCUUACGGAGCCGGCGGGUGCACCGGGGGCUGCCCGAGGCCGAGGACUCCCCAUGCAGGGCCCCGGCGCUGCCCAAAGACCUGCUGCUCCCUGAGUCAUGCACGGGGCCCCCCCAGGGACAGAUGGAAGGGGCGGGGGCCCCAGGCCGGGGGACCUCGGAAGGGCUCCCCAGGAUGUGCACCCGCUCCUUCACGGCCCUGAGUGAGCCCCGCACGCCCGGACCCCCGGGCCUGCCCACCACCCCUGCCCCCCCAGACAAGCUGGGAGGCAAGCAGCGAGCUGCCUUCAAGUCGGGCAAGCGAGUGGGGAAGCCCUCCCCCAAGGCCGCAUCCAGCCCCAGCAACCCGGCCGCCCUGCCCGUGGCCUCCGACAGUAGCCCCAUGGGCUCCAAGACCAAGGAGACAGACUCGCCGGAUGCACCAGGCAAAGACCAGCGCUCGAUGAUCCUCCGGUCCCGCACCAGGACCCAGGAGGCCUUCCACUGCAAGCGGCGGCGGGCCUCGGAGAGCCGGCUCCCCAACUGCCGCGCCGCCAAGAAGCUCCUCGCCAACAACCACCUGCCCGCCACGUUCAAGGUCGCCGGUAGCCCCCAGAAGGAGGGCAGGGCGGGCCAACGGGCGAGGGUCCCCAAGCCUGGUGCAGGCGGCAAGCUCUCCGAUCGGCCCCUCCACGCCCUCAAGAGGAAGUCGGCCUUCAUGGCACCUGUCCCCACCAAGAAGCGCAACCUGGUCUUACGCAGCGGCAGCACCGGCGGGGACACGAAGGAGGAGGAGGGGGCCGAGGGCUCUCCCACCCUCUUCAAGAGGAUGACAUCUCCCAAGAAGGCCAAGCCCGCCAAGGGCAACAGUGAGCCCACGGCAAAGCCGCCGCCCCCGGAGACCCCUGACACCAGCCUGAAGCUGGCCUCACGGGCGUCCGUCCAGGGGACCAUGAAGACCAAGGUGCUGCCCCCCCGGAAAGGCCGGGGCUUGAAGCUGGAGGCCAUCGUGCAGAAGAUCACCUCGCCCAGCCUGAAAAAGUUCGCGUGCAGAGCACCAGGGGCCCCUCCCGGGAAUCCUCUGAGCCCAUCCCUCCCCGAGAAGGACCGUGGGCUCAAGAGCGCAGGGGGUAGCCCGCUGGGGGCAGAAGAAGGUCUCUUGAACGUGAGCACUGGGCAGAAGUUCCCAGCAGCUUUGGGGGCUGAUCCGUUAUGCAGAAAUCCGACCAACAGAUCCUUAAAAGGCAAACUCGUGAACAGUAAGAAACUGUCCUCGACCGACGGUUUCAAAACUGAGGCCUUCAUGUCCCCAGAGGGCCUGCUGCCCGGGGGCACUGCCCUGGCACCUAAGAAGAGAAGCCGGAAAGGCAGGGCUGGAGCCCUCGGACUCCCCAAAGGCUCCCUGGAGAAGAGGCCUCAUCUCGGCCCAGCUCUGCUCCUGACGGCCAGCAGCACGCAGGGGGGCAGCGAGGACAGCUCUGGCGGAGGCGGCAAGAAGCCAAAGACGGAGGAGCUGGGGCUGGCCUCCCAGCCCCCUGAGGGCCGGCCCUGCCAGCCCCAGGUGAGGGCACAGAAGCAGCCUGGCCACGCCAACUACAGCAGCUAUUCCAAGCGGAAGCGCCUGACGCGGGGCCGGGCCAAGAACACCACCACCUCACCCUGUAAGGGGCGUGCCAAGCGGCGGCGGCAGCAGCAGGUGCUGCCCCUGGAUCCCGCAGAGCCUGAAAUCCGCCUCAAAUACAUUUCCUCCUGCAAGCGGCUGCGAGCAGACAGCCGCACCCCCGCCUUCUCGCCCUUCGUGCGGGUGGAGAAGCGGGAUGCAUUCACCACUGUAUGCACUGUUGUCAACUCCCCCGGAGAGGAGCCCAAGCCCCACAGGAAGCCUUCCUCCUCCUCUUCAUCCUCUUGCUCCUUCUCCUUGGACGCGGCCGGGGCCUCCCUAGCCACGCUCCCUGGAGGCUCCAUCCUGCAGCCUCGGCCCUCCCUGCCCCUCUCCUCCACCAUGCAUCUGGGGCCCGUGGUCUCCAAGGCCCUGAGUACCUCUUGCCUUGUUUGCUGCCUCUGCCAAAACCCGGCCAACUUCAAGGACCUCGGGGACCUCUGUGGGCCCUACUACCCCGGACACUGCCUCCCCAAAAAGAAGCCAAAACUCAAGGAGAAGGUGCGGCCAGAGGGCACCUGCGAGGAGGCCUCGCUGCCUCUUGAGAGGACACUCAAAGGCCUCGAGUGCCCAGCUGCCGCCGCCACCGCCACCGCCACCACCACCGGGAAGCCCCCCAGGCCUGAUGGCCCAGCCGAUCCGGCCAAGCAGGGCUCCCUGCGCACCAGCGCCCGGGGCCUGUCCCGGCGGCUGCAGAGUUGCUACUGCUGUGACGGUCGGGGGGAAGGUGGUGAAGAGACAGCCCCAGCUGACAGGAGCCGCAAGCACGAGUGCAGCAAGGAGCCGCCGGCAGAGCCUGGCGGGGACACGCAGGAGCAUUGGGUGCACGAGGCCUGUGCCGUGUGGACGGGCGGGGUCUACCUGGUGGCCGGGAAGCUCUUUGGGCUGCAGGAGGCCAUGAAGGUGGCCGUGGACAUGACUUGUUCCAGCUGCCAAGAAGCCGGGGCCACCAUCGGGUGCUGCCACAAAGGAUGCAUCCACACCUACCAUUACCCGUGUGCCAGCGAUGCGGGUAAGAGCCAGCCCAAGGGGACCGAAGGUCGGGGGACGCAGGCACAGCUCCUUGAACUGGCCCCACUUGACCCGUUGGCUUCCCUCUUCUCCUGCCCCAGCAAUUCUUUACCUUCUCGUGUCUCUCGGCUGGGCCCUGUGCUGGGCAGUGCUGGUGACAAGGAAACACAUCAGUCCCCAGCCACCUGCUGGAGGAGUGCCCAGAAGCACAAACUACAAGGUGGAAAGCUGUAUGUGAGCUGCCAUUGCCGAGGGGUGCCUACAGCUGGGGAGGGUCUCAGGCCUCCAAGAGCAGGGCUACUGGGCUGGGCCUUGGAAAAAGGCUGAAUAGGAGUUCACUGGCUUGGAGAAAAAAGAGAAAAGAUAGUUCAGUAACAAAAACUGAGUGAGAUGGAAGGAAAGGAAGUUCAAGACAGACUCCCCCUGGCUCCACGGCACAGCCGUGGAAGGUUUAAGCAGGACGGUGGGCCCUGGAGUCAGGACCAGGCUCCCCUGCACCUGCCCCAUUCUCUCCACUCCCUCGCUCACUUGACCCGCGGGCAUUUAUCGAGCACCUACCGUCACCAGGCAGGUGGCAUACUGACGGCCUGGGCCAAAAAGGCCGGAGCCCCCAAUCCUGGUGGCAUGCUUCAGGUGUGGACUGGGUAAGUCCACCGAUGUCUCUGCACUCGGUUCCCCACCUGUGAAACGGAGGUUAGAGUCAUUUCUUCUUUCUGCAGCUGCCUGGAGCAGGAAGUGAGAUCACAAGCACGGCCCGGAAAGGGCAGCCCCAGUCCGAUUUGGGGGCAGCCCCCGCAAUCCCUGUCCCCCGCCCCCUGCUGCCCUGGAAGAGGGGGAGGUUAUCGCGACCCUAUCGCACGACGACAGGGCAGAGGCAUCUCCUGGCAGGACCCUCCCUGCUCCCACCGCCCGGGGACCCCUCUUCCCACCUGAAUGCCAGCUCCUGGCAUCAGCCCGCACCGAGCCGCCCCCAGGAGCACACACAGGACUGAGUGGUGACGGUUCCUUGGCGAGGGCUGAGGCGCUAGCACCUCAGGGAGGCAGCCCGCUGGAGCAGGACACGGGGCUGCUCUGGCUCCAC